AGAUGUCAGAGCUGGCUCCAGUUGGGCUAGGAGUGACUUUAUAGAGGAUGGCGCCUAAGUUAGGCAUGCCCAUUUCCUCACCAGGGCUCCUAAAAGACUAGCCCAAUAUAUCCUCAUCUCUUUGGGGAUUAAAACCCAUGAUCCUCAGUUCCUCAGAGAACUGAAAGUAGCAACGAGGAAUCCAGUAAUUCCUGUUAUCUACAGGCUUUAUAAGUCGGUGAAGCCUGCAGUGGUGGCCAGAAUCCUGCACUCUGAGCACUGCUGUCUUCUCAAGGAGUCCUGAAGCCACAUCAGCGUCAGGAUGUCGCAGCGGCUGGCCCCUCUGCUACUUCUCCUCCUCUCCAUCCACAGCGUCCUGGCCCUGAGGAUCUGCUCCUUCAAUGUGAGGUCCUUUGGGGAAAGCAAGAAGAGAGACCAGAACGCCAUGGAUGUCAUUGUGAAGAUCAUCAAACGCUGUGACAUCAUGCUCCUGAUGGAAAUCAAGGACAGCAACAACAUGAUCUGCCCCAUGCUGAUGGAGAGGCUGAACGGAAACUCAAGAGCCAUAACAUACAGCUAUGUGAUUAGCUCUCGGCUUGGAAGAAACACAUAUAAAGAACAAUAUGCCUUUGUCUACAAGGAAAAGAUGGUGUCUGUGAAAAAAAGCUACCUCUAUCAUGACUUUCAGAAUGGAGACGUGGAUGUGUUUUCCAGGGAACCUUUUGUGGUCUGGUUCCAGUCGCCCCACACCGCUGUCAAGGACUUCGUGAUUGUCCCCCUGCACACCACCCCCGAGACAUCCAUCAAAGAGAUUGACGAGCUGGCUGAUGUCUACAUGGAUGUGAAACGCCGCUGGAAGGCAGAGAAUUACAUUUUCAUGGGUGACUUCAACGCCGGCUGCAGCUAUGUCCCCAAGAAGGCCUGGAAGAGCAUCCGCUUAAGGACUGACCCCAGAUUCGUUUGGUUGAUUGGGGAUCGGGAGGACACCACCGUCAAGAGCAGCACCAGCUGUGCAUAUGACAGGAUCGUACUUAGAGGACCACAGAUUGUCAGCUCUGUUGUUCCCCAGUCAAACAGCGUCUUUAACUUCCAGAAAGCUUACAAGUUGACUGAAGAGGAGGCCCUGGACGUCAGCGAUCACUUUCCAGUCGAAUUUAAGCUACAGUCUUUAAGAGUCUUCACCAACAGCAAAAAAUCUGUCUCUCGAAGGAAGAAGACAAAGGCCAAAAGCCCAUAGAUACAAGGGCCCUAUUUUGUUAACCAUUUCUUGCCUCUAAAUAAAACAGCUCUAACAG